GGGGCGUUUCGGUACGACGGUGGUUGCUGCUGCAGCUGCAGCUGCUGCUGCUACGGGAGGUGCCCGGUGCGGCGGCGGCGAGCGGAGCCAGCCGCAAGCCCCGGGGUAUGCGCUCGCCCCUUCCCCCGCUGCCGCUGGAGCGGGGUGUGGGUAAGGAAGCGCGGAGGAGCGCGGAAGGAAGCGGAGAGAGGCGGGGAGCGGGGCGAAGGAGCCCGGCCGAGCCCCGAGCGGCGGAGGAUGCGCCGAGCCCCGCGGAGCCGAGCCCAGCUGCAGCGCGGCGCGUCUCGCCCGGCCGCCGCCCGAGGAGGUAACGGCGGCAGCGGGAUGGGGAUGGAGUUUAGGGGAAGGUGAGCCCCCUGCACCUGGGAGCCAUGAGCCGCCCGCAGAGCCGCUGGAGCAGCCCCCCAGCCGCGGCCCCCCGAUGCUGCUAGCCCUCCCUGCUCCCUCAGCAAGGUGUCCGUCGCCGGCAGGGAGGACCGGCUGCACCCGCACCCAGCCUCUCGCAUCCCUCCUAAAGGUUCCUUGCCUCACCAGCAGGUCCUUGCAGGAUUUCAGCUCUGUGCAUGAGUGGAAAGCAGAGGAGAGGCCAAAGCCCAGCGUGUCCCUGGCAUCCGAUCGCCCAGCAUCCUGCCUUCAUCUGACCUGGGUGAGAGAUAGGAUGGUAGCUGGGGAGGCGAGUAUGCGCAGCCCAAUCCUGGCCUGCUGGCAGCCGAUUCUCCUCCUGAUGUUGGGAUCCAUCCUGUCUGGCUCUGCCACAGGCUGCCCGCCGCGCUGCGAGUGCUCUGCCCAGGAGCGCGCCGUCCUGUGCCACCGGAAGCGAUUCAUGGUCGUGCCGGAGGGCAUCCCGACCGAGACCAGGCUGCUGGACUUGGGCAAGAACCGCAUCAAGACGCUCAACCAAGAUGAAUUUGCCAACUACCCUCACCUGGAGGAGCUGGAGCUAAAUGAGAACAUUAUCAGUGCCAUUGAACCUGGGGCUUUCAACAACCUCUUCAACCUCAGGACGCUGGGGCUCAGGAGUAACAGACUCAAGCUGAUCCCCUUGGGGGUGUUUACCGGACUCAGCAACCUUACCAAGCUAGACAUUAGUGAGAACAAAAUCGUGAUCCUCCUAGACUACAUGUUCCAGGACUUGUACAACCUGAAGUCUUUGGAGGUGGGGGACAACGACCUUGUCUACAUCUCCCACCGGGCCUUCAGCGGCCUCAACAGCCUGGAGCAGCUGACCCUGGAGAAAUGCAACCUGACCUCCAUCCCCACGGAGGCCCUGUCUCACCUUCAUGGCUUGAUUGUGCUGCGGCUGCGCCAUCUGAACAUCAACACCAUCCGGGAUUACUCAUUCAAGAGGCUGUACCGGCUCAAGGUCCUCGAGAUCUCACACUGGCCCUACCUGGAUACUAUGACGUCCAACUGCCUCUACGGGUUGAACCUGACCUCCUUGUCCAUCACACACUGCAACCUGACGUCCAUCCCGUAUGUGUCGGUGAGGCACUUGGUUUACCUCCGGUUCCUGAACCUGUCCUACAACCCCAUUGUCACCAUCGAGGGCUCCAUGCUCCAUGACCUGCUCAGGCUGCAGGAGAUCCAGUUGGUGGGAGGGCAGCUCACCACGGUCGAGCCCUUUGCCUUCCGUGGCCUCAAUUACCUGCGCAUCCUGAACGUGUCAGGGAAUUUGCUGACCACCCUGGAGGAGUCGGCCUUCCACUCAGUGGGCAACCUGGAGACGCUUAUCCUUGACAACAACCCCUUAGCCUGCGACUGUCGGUUGCUCUGGGUUUUCCGACGGCGAUGGAGGUUGAACUUCAACAAGCAGCAGCCCACCUGCUCCACCCCCGAGUUUGUCCAGGGCAAGGAGUUCAAAGACUUCCCCGACAUCCUCCUGCCCAACUACUUCACCUGCCGCCGAGCACGGAUACGGGACCGCAAACCUCAGCAGAUCUUCGUGGACGAAGGCCACACGGUCCAUUUUGUCUGCCGGGCAGAUGGGGACCCGCCCCCCACCAUCAUGUGGCUCUCUCCCCGGAAGCACCUCAUCUCUACCAAAACCAACGGGCGGCUCACUGUCUUCCCUGAUGGCACGCUGGAGGUGCGCUACGCCCAGAUCCAGGACAAUGGCACCUACCUAUGCAUUGCCAGCAAUGCGGGUGGCAACGACACCAUGCUGGCCCACCUACAUGUGCGCAGCUACUCCCCAGACUGGCCUCACCAGCCCAACAAGACCUUCGCGUUCAUCUCCAACCAGCCCAAUGAGAGCGAUGCCAACAGCACGCGCGCCACCGUGCCUUUCCCCUUUGACAUCAAGACUCUCAUCAUCGCCACCACCAUGGGCUUCAUUUCCUUCCUGGGCGUCGUCCUCUUCUGUCUGGUGCUCCUCUUCCUGUGGAGCCGGGGGAAAGGCAACACCAAGCACAACAUUGAAAUCGAGUAUGUGCCACGCAAGUCCGACGCGGGCAUCAGCUCUGCUGACGCGCCGCGCAAGUUCAACAUGAAAAUGAUUUAACCAGGCAACAAUUUGCAAACAAUAAUGAUGGGGUUUUUUUAAAAAAAAAAAAAAAAGAACAGAUGAACAAAUAAAAAAAUAAUUUAAAAACAGACAUUGUUACAAACAUACCGACCUCUCUCCUUCCACCACGCCCUCCGCCCCAGUCCAAACCCACUGCACCUGCACUGUCACCACCUCUUUCUCCUCCUCUUCUUCUUUAUACCAGGAAAACAUUCAGCUGAUGUCUUCAGGACUCCUGUGUUUGUAAGAACUUUGUCUGAUGGACUCUGGUGUCAGAUAUAAUUCUGAGAGGGAAAAACAACAGAGGGGGGGAAAAAAGAAAGAAAAAAGAAAUAAAAUCAAUAAAAAGUUACGAACUUUCUUCUGUAACUUUGAUUUCAAUAAUUAUGGAUUUUUAUGAAAACUUGAAAUAAUAAAAAAACCCUAUUUCCUAUAGAUA